UACAGUAAUCUAGCCUUGAGGUCAUGAACGCAUGAACUAACUGUUCGGCAUUUGUCAUUGAGAGCAUAUGUCGUAGUUUAGAUAUAUGUUUAAGAUGGAAGAAUGCGGUUUUACAGAUGCUAGUAACAUGGCCUUCAAAUGAAAGAUUGGUAUCAAAGAGCACACCCAGGUUCCUAACUGACGACGAAGACUUAACAGAGCAGCCAUCAAGUGUUAGACAGUAUUCUAGGUUAUUACGUGAAGAAGUUUUUGGUCCAAUAAUUAGAAUCUCUGUUUUUUUCUGAAUUUAGUUGUAGGAAAUUACUGGUCAUCCAAUUGUUUAUGUCAGCUAUGCAUUCCGUUAAUUUUGUGAAUUGGUAAGAUUCGUCAGGGCGCGAAGAAAUAUAGAGCUGAGUAUCAUCAGCGUAACAGUGAAAACUAACAGCAUGCUUCCUAAUGAUAUCCUACACACUUUCAAAUGACAACAACCAUUUAAUUUUUUAGAUCAUGGAAAUGAAGGAUCAAAAAAAUGUAAUAUCCUAAAUAAAAAACUUUAAUAAAUGGUAAAAAUAAUGCAAAGUAACAAGUUAAAAAAAAAAAAAAAAAAAAUUGCAAAUGCACAAAAGGCACUAUGGAGAUUUUCCAUUUACAGAUUUUUCCCUGACCUUCUUUUCUCAGUAAAGUAAAGGUGCACUAUUGCUGAAAACACAAACUCUACUUAGCAGUCAGAUGUCUGUAUAAACAAAGACAUUUAUAUUUGCACCGGUGCAGUGAAUUGCGGCUUUGAAAUCGAGAGCAUUCGGAUUUGGUUUUCCAAACUGUCUGUAGUUGUCAGGAAAACACUAUAACACCUCAAAUAAUGCCCUUUUUUCACCUGUCGGUUGUGGAAUAAUCUGCCUUUAGAAAUCAGGUUAUGUCAUGAAUAGGGCUCCCACGGUUCAUCCUCCGGACCGCCGGAGGGAGCCAUCACCGGAAUACUGAUUCUCCACCAUUCGGACUUCAUUUCCAAUAGGCCCUCAUUCCUGGGAUUGAUUGCACACACACCUGAACUGCAUCACACGCACACUAUUUAAGCCACGCAUACACACCACAUCUUCGCGAAGUCUUGAUUUGCUACGGUGAUCAUUUCUGAGCGUUAUUCUGUGGACUGUUAUCUCGUUGUUACCUGGACUGUUUAUCUCUCGUGAACCCUUGCCGCCUGCCCUGAACCUUGCCUGUACCCUGGACUGUGUUUGUUUGCCGCCUGUCUCGAUCCUUGCCUGUGACCUGACUCUGAUUCUCUGCUGCCUGCCUCGAUCCUUGCCUGUCCCUGUUUACGGUACUGCUCUGCCCUUGUCUGUACUACUGCUGUGUUUAAUAAAGCUGCUUAUGGAUCCACACACUGUUGACCCAUCAUUACAGGUGAUUCAGAGGAGAAUGGACAGCAGUGUGAAUUUCUGUCGGCCGUGGAAUCAGUACAAGAGAGGAUUUGGGAAUGUGGAGAGUGAAUACUGGCUGGGGCUGGAGAACAUGUACCAGCUGACACGUAACAGGAAGUACAUGCUGAGAGUGGAUCUGGAGGACUUUGAAGGAAGGAAAGGUUUUGCUCUGCACUCGUCCUUUUCUGUGGGUUGUGAAUGUGCCGGAUAUCAGCUGCGUGUUUCAGGAUUCACUGAUGGAGGAGCAGGCGACUCUUUAUCUAGCCAUAAUAAUCAGAAGUUCUCCACCUUUGACAAAGACCAAGACUCCUGGGAAAAGAACUGUGCCAAACAGUUUCUCGGGGCAUUUUGGUAUGCAGCCUGUCACAGUACAAACCCCAACGGUGUGUAUUUGUGGGGAGAAGAUAAUACUCAUUACGCCAUUGGAAAUUCUUGGUACACCUGGAAGAACACUCACGCUAUCACUAUGAAAUCCAUCAGCAUGAAGAUCAAAAGUGUGUCUUAGAAACAUUAGUGUUUCCAGGAGCAAACAUCUGACAUUUUUAACUGAAUAUGACAAAUGUGAAAAUUUAUGCAUUUUUUCUUAACUGUGCAAAAGAAUAAGUCAUGUAAGUCAGUUCUUCAGAUUCACUAUCCAAAGGACUUUAGUAUUAUUUUGUAAUUUUGUAUAAUUGUAUUAUUUUAUGUUUCCUGGGGUGCAUUUAUAAUGGUAUUAUGAUUUAUAUAUGAUUUUAUCCCUCUGGUUUGAACGCUCUGUUUUAAGGGGCGUGUCUCUGUGAGACUUCAGUGGAAACACCCACUGCUGUGAUUGGCUGACAUCUUUACAUAUGAAAUAGCUAAGUAUUACUCUGUCGAAAACUUUUAGCAUGUUUUUACUAUUACAGCUCUCAAGGUUAACUAAUCAUGAAAAGUGUUGAUUAUAGCAUUACAUUAUAGCAUUACUUAGAUCUAUGGCAUUAUAUUGAGAUCGUGGCAUGAAAGGUUGCAGUGAUGAACAUUGUAGUCGAUCACAGACGUUGUUGAGCUCAUGAAAGCAGUGAUCUCGUCACUCAAUUUCUGAACACUAAUGAAUGCUUUCAUCAUGACAGUGCAAACACAAUGUAAAUAAGAAAUUAGUUGAUUCUAACGGGAGUUACAAUUUCAGUCUCCUACACACAGUUGACGUAGUAAACGCAGUGCAGCACUUCCAGGUUCUACGUCAGAAGGGUGGCUCAGUAUUGGCCGACGCCGUUCACGUGAGCAGCAAACAUGAUUGUGACGCAGGAGCUAUACAAACCUGAAAUAUACAAAUCCUUGAAAACAUUC